ACAAAUCUAGUUCGAAUAUCGAAAUUGAGAAUAGUGCAAAUGUGGCGGUAAUAAGUAAACAAAAGUUUUAAUAAAAUAUACUUCCUGCAUAUAUUACAGCUUAAAAAUUGCCGGUGAUGGAGAGUGUGUAGUGCGAAAAGAAAGCCUUAAAAUUAAUAUUGACAUACUUAUCAAUGGCGUCUGUUAAAAUGAGUAACAACGGUAGUAAAUCAUCCAAGGACGGUGAUGAUCCACCAGAAUUGCGUAUACUUUGUUUCGAUUUGACCUACUACAAUCGCACCACACAAUUUCUGUUAAGCUGUGCUGGUGUCUUCGUGCUAUACCUUAUUUAUGGAUAUUUGCAAGAACUCAUCUUUACGGUUGAAGGUUUUAAGCCAUAUGGCUGGUUUCUAACGCUUAUACAAUUUGGCUAUUAUAUUUGUUUCGGGUUAAUUGAAUAUGAUUUCGAAGCUAGACGUAGAUUAAAGCUCCUACCGGGUGCGAGUAUUGAAACAAUGGAACGUCGUAUACCAAUGCGUACUUAUUUCUUGCUUGCUGCUCUAACAUUAGGCACUAUGGGACUAUCUAACUCAAGUCUUGGCUAUCUUAAUUAUCCUACACAAGUUAUCUUUAAAUGUUGUAAAUUGAUACCGGUAAUGAUUGGGAGUAUUAUGAUACAAGGCAAACGCUAUGGACCUCUCGAUUUUGCUGCCGCCAUUGCUAUGUGUAUAGGUUUGGCUUGGUUUACUUUGGCGGAUUCACUAGUAACGCCGAAUUUCAAUCUCACCGGCGUGGCAAUGAUAUCAGCAGCGUUGCUGUGCGAUGCGGCUAUUGGAAAUGUACAGGAAAAGGCAAUGCGCGAACAUCAUGCGCCAAGUAGUGAAGUUGUAUUGUACUCCUACGGUCUGGGUUUUGUGUAUCUCUUGGUUAUAUUGAUGGUUACUGGAAAUUUUUUCAGUGGUUUUGCUUUUUGUCUUGAGCAUUACUUGGAAUCAUUUGGCUAUGGCUUCUUCUUUAGCUUAUCCGGUUACCUGGGCAUACAAUUCGUAUUGGCUUUGGUGCGUAGCAGUGGCGCCCCAAUAGCUGCUACGGUAACCACAGCAAGGAAAGCUGUAACAAUUGCAUUAUCGUUUGUUUUCUUCAGCAAACCGUUUACGUGGCAAUACCUAUGGUCCGGGUUAGUGGUGGUGUUGGGAAUUUAUUUAAAUGUAUACAGCAAAAAGCAUAAGAUGACUAUGAGAGACUUUCAGAAUAAAUUCAAGAAUACCCUUAAUGCCUUUCGUGGCUGGGAAAGAUCGACAAGCCGCAAGUUCUUGGUGGAAGUUUAAAAUUCACCGAUUUUAUUAAUAUUUCUUGUAAAUACAAAGGUAUCUUAAAUACCUUGCAAAUGUAUAGAUCUUUGUUACCACUAUGAUACCAAAAUUAGUGUAAUUAUGGGAAGUAGAAUUGAAUUUUAGUAAAACCAUUAGAUGUAGUUCUUUCGUCUUAGUCGUGAUAAUUCACUUCUUUUCCCACCUUAUGUUUAAAGUAAAAUACAAACUAUUAUAA